AUGGCGCGCUCGAGGUCCAAGUCGGCCGAGGAGAACAACACCGCGGUCGCCGUCCGCGGCGGCAUGAUCUCCCGCAUCGAGUGCGACAACUUCAAGUCGUACAAGGGCCACCAAGUCAUCGGCCCGUUCAAGCAGUUCACGUCCAUCAUCGGCCCUAACGGCAGCGGCAAGUCCAACCUGAUGGACGCCAUCUCCUUCGUCCUCGGCGUCCAGUCCGCGCAGCUUCGAGGCACGGUGCUCAGGGAUCUGGUGUACGCCUUCGACCUCGCGGACAGGGAGGAAAGCAGGACCGCUUACGUCAAGCUCUUCUACGAGGCUGAGGAUGGCACCGAGAUCUGCUUCUCCAGGCACAUCGACGCGAGCGGCGCCGGCCAGUACAAGAUCGACGGCAAAACGUGCACCGCGGAGGCCUACUCGGAGCGUCUGAAGGAGCACGGCAUCCUGAUCAAGGCCAGGAACUUUUUGGUGUUCCAGGGCGACAUCGAGAGCGUGGCGAGCAAGUCCCCCAAGGAGCUCUGCGCGCUCGUCGAGCAGGUCUCGGGCUCGGCCGAUCUCAAAAAGGACUACGACGACGCGCUCAAGUUGCGCAAGGAGUGCGAGGAGGAGCAGCUCGCCUCGCUGCAGAGGCGCAAGGCCACCACCACCCUGCGCAAGCAGAUGAAGGAGCAGAAAGAGGAGGCCGAGAAGCACAUUCGCAUGCAGGAGGAGCUCACCAAGCUCAAGACGGAACACGUCAUGUUCAAACUGUACCACAUCGACCACGAGGCGGAGAGGCACACCGAGGAGAUCGAGGAGGCGAAGGAGGCCCUCAAGGAACACGAGGACCGCCUCAACGCCCUCAAGAAGGAGGAGGAGGAGAAGCGCCAGCUCAAGGCGGGCCACUCCAAGCGCGUCAUGAUGCUCGAGAGGAAAAUCGCAAAGGCCAAGGAGGACGCGGACAAGAGGAACCCCGCCGCGGUGAAGAACCGCGAGGAGACGUUGAGGGCCAAGAAGAAGCUCGAGCUGGCGCAAAAGAUGCUAGAGAGGCACUCGGCCGACGCCGAGCAGAGCGCGACUGACAUUGCCAGGCUGGAGCGGGACCUCAAGAACGUCGCCGCCGCGGAGGAGAUCUUCGAGAACGACUUCCAGGCGGAGCUCAAGAAGGGCGACAAGAAGCAGCUGGGAGCCGCGCAGGUUGAGGACUACAACAGGAAGAAGGAGGAGGCGGGCGCCAAGACGUUCAAGCUGAGACAGGAGCGCGACGGUCUCGCCGCCGCGGCCCAGGCUGACGAGGACGUUCGCAAGCGCCUGGAGGCCAAGCGGGACGAGCUCACCCAGCGCGUCAACUUCCUCAACGAGCAGAAGGAAGGGGAGCUGCGACGCAUGGCGGACUUGGAGAAGGGCCGCGACGAGGCCAAGGCUGAGCUCGACGAGGCGAGGACCAAGGACAAGGGCCUGGCGGACGAGAAGCGCAAGUCUAGGGCCAAGCAGGAGCACCUCACAAACAAAAUCGAGGAGAUCAGCGGGAAGCUUCGCGAGGCCAAGGCGGAUCGCAAGGAGUCAGAGCGCGAGGUACGCGCGCAGGAGGCGAUCGUCGCCAUGCGCAGGCUACUCCCGGGCGUCCACGGCAGGGUGACUGACCUGCUCAAGGUGACCCAGCGCAAGUACAACCUCGCCAUCAUCACCGUCCUGGGCAGAGAUGCCGACGCCAUCGUGGUGGACGACGCCGCCGUCGCCAAGGAGUGCGUCCAGUACCUCAAGGAGCAGCGCGUCGCGCCCAUGACCUUCCUGCCCCUCGAUGGCGUCAAGGCCUACGAGCCCGACGAGGGUCUGAGGCAUCUGGGCGGCUCCGCCAAGCUCGCCGUGGACGUGUGCAACUUUGACUCCAAGUUCAAGGUUGCCAUGAUCUACGCCCUGGGCAGCGACACCAUCGUCUGCGACACCCACGAGGAGGCGAAGCGUCUCACCUUCGGCGGCGAGCGCAGGUUCAAGGUUGUCUCCCUCGACGGUACCAUGAUCAGGAAGAGCGGUGAGAUGACCGGCGGUACCAGCGGCUCCUUAGAGGCAAAGGCUUCCCGCUUUGACGCCGAGGAAGUCGCCACCCUUCGCGCCGACCGCCAGGCUGCGGAAGAAAGCCUCGCAAGGCUCAAGCCCGUCGCCACGUUCGCCAUGGAGGAGCAAGAGGCCCAGGCCAGGAUGACCCGCCUGGAGCGUGACCUCCAGUACGCCGCCGCAGACAUCAAGGUGUGCGCGGAGAAGAUCGGCAAGCUCUCCAAGGACGUCGAGGUGAUGGAGCGAGAGAUUGCCUCCACCGUGCCCGAGCUCGAAAAGGCCACCGCCGAGCUCGAGAAGACGGUCAAGGCUGCGAGGGUCCUGGAGAAGAAGAUCCACGCCAUCGAAGACGAGGUGUACGCUGAGUUUUCCAAAUCCGUCGGCGUCAAGAACAUCCGCGAGUACGAGGAGAACAACCUGGCAACCUUGCAGAGGGGCGCCGAGGAGCGCGCCAAGUUUGCGCAGCAGAAGGCGAAGCUCACCGAGCAGCUCAACUACGAGCGGUCCCGCGACGUCGCCGGUCCCCGCGCCAAGGCUGAGUCGGACAUCACCAGGCACAAGGAAGACCUCGCGCGGCUGGCGUCGGAGGCGGAGAAGGCCAAGGCUGAGGCGGACGCCGCCAGGAACGAGACCGAGGGAUGGGAGAAGGACGCCGCGGCGGCCAAGGAGGAGAUGCGCGCGGUGGAGGCUGAGAUCAACGAGCUCAGGGCGCGUAACAAGGGCGCCAACACCGACGAGGCGAAGCUGCAGCGCGUCGUGUCCAACAAGACGGCGCAGGUGGAGGCGCUCCGGGAGAAUCGCGCGGAUAUCAUCGCCGCCGCCAGGAUGGAACGACUCAAGCUGCCCCGCGCGGACGACGACGAGGAGGACGAGGACAUCCUCGCGCUCCCCGCUCCCGUGCCCACCCUCGGCGACGGCAACGAGGAGGAAGCCGAGGAGGCUGAGGCGAUGGAGGUUGACGCGGAGACGACGGGCGGUUGGCGCGCGGCGGCGUUUAGGGUCAAGCUGAGCUACGAAAAUCUCCCGGACCGCCUCAAGAACGCUCCGAGGCCCAGCGACAGGGAGCGGCUGGACCACGAGCUCAGGGACGCGGUGGAGGAGAAGGCGGCGGACCUCGCCCGUUUGGAGCCCAACAUGAAGGCUAUCGAGCAGUACGAGGGUCUCAAGGAGAAGGAGGCUGAGCAGGUUGAGGCGCUGGAGGAUUCCCGCAGGAGGACCAAGGAGGCGGCGGAGGCUUUCGAUGCCGUCAUGCAGGAGAGGGAGUCGACGUUCAUGGCCGCAUUCGAGCACAUCUCCGGCGCGAUCGACAGGGUGUACAAGGAGCUCACCUCGUCCAGGAUUCACCCCAUGGGCGGCACCGCGUACCUCAACCUGGAGGACGUCCAGGAGCCCUACAACUCGGGCGUGAGGUUCAGCGCCAUGCCCCCCACGAAGCGGUUCAGGGACAUGGACCAGCUCAGCGGCGGCGAGAAGACCAUGGCGGCGCUGGCGCUCAUCUUCGCGAUCCACUCCUACCGAUCAUCCCCUUUCUUCAUCCUGGACGAGGUCGACGCGGCGCUGGACAAGACCAACGUGGAGAAGAUGGCGCAGUUCAUCCGCAACAGGAGCCACGGGACCAACCCGGGGAACGAGGGAAAGCCUUGCCAGUCCAUCGUCAUCUCACUCAAGGAUUACUUCUUCGACAAGGCGGAUUCCCUCGUCGGUGUGUGCAGGGACAUCGACCAGGCGUGCUCCAGGGUGCUCACCUUCGACUUGGAGAAGUACCCGGAGGAAAUCGAGGAGUGA